CGAGCGGAAGAUGGCAGAUGGCUCUUCCUCGUAGGGUGUGUGUGUGUAUGUGUCGUUUGUUUACCGUUCGAUGCGUUCGCUCCGGAGCGUGUUUCAUUCCACGUCCGUCUCUGUUGAGUCACCGGACAGUGUUCAUGUUGUGCGGGAUGCUGUUUUCCACCGUUCAUCCUGUGUAAAUAUGACGGGAGAGAAGAUCCGCUCGGUGCGCAAAGAGCGCAAGGCGGGUUUGGAUCUGCUGGAUCCGGACGAGGAGCCGGCGGCCACCGGGCCGAUCAAAGCCAACCGGGGCAGCAAGAUCCUCAGCGGCGGGAACCACAGGAUCCUCCGCUCCAGCUCGCAGCAGAACCAGAACCACGGCGACACUGACGGCGCGUACCCCGUGCAUGAGUGCGUGUUCCGCGGAGACGUGCGGAGGCUGUCAUCGCUCAUCCGGACGCAGAACAUCGCGCAGAAAGACGUGCACGGAAACACUCCUCUUCAUCUGGCUGUUAUGAUGGGUCAUAAAGAAUGUGCCCAUCUCCUGCUGGCCCAUAAUGCACCAGUGAAGGUGAAAAACGCUCAGGGAUGGAGUCCACUCGCCGAGGCCAUCAGCUACGGAGACCGACAGAUGAUCACGGCUCUGCUGAGGAAGCUGAAGCAGCAGUCACGAGAGAGUGUGGAGGACAAGAGACCUCGUCUGCUCAAAGCACUGAAAGAGCUGGGUGAUUUCUAUCUGGAGCUGCACUGGGAUUUCCAGAGCUGGGUGCCUUUACUCUCACGGAUCUUACCCUCUGACACCUGUAAGAUCUACAAACAGGGCAUCAACAUCCGUUUGGACACUACACUGAUCGACUUCAGCGAUAUGAAGUGUCAGCGAGGAGACCUGAGCUUCAUCUUCUGCGGAGACGCCGCUCCCUCCGAGUCCUUCGUGGUCCUGGACAACGAGCAGAAGGUUUAUCAGCGGAUUCAUCACGAGGAGUCAGAGAUGGAGACGGAGGAGGAGGUGGACAUCCUGAUGAGCAGCGACAUCUACUCCGCCACACUCUCCACCAAAUCCAUCACCUUCUCGCGCGCUCAGACCGGCUGGCUCUUCCGAGAGGACAAAACCGAGCGCGUGGGGAAUUUCCUGGCGGAUUUCUACAUGGUGAACGGCCUGGUUCUGGAGUCCAGGAAGAGACGCGAGCAUCUGAGCGAGGAGGACAUCCUGAGGAACAAGGCCAUCAUGGAGAGCUUCAGCAAAGGAGGGAGUAUCAUCGAGCAGAGCUUCGAGCCGGUGAGGCGUCAGUCGCUGACCGCUCCGUCUCCGAACACUAUCUCCUGGGAGGAGUACAUCACCGCCGAGACGGGAAAGGCUCCUCAUCUGGGCCGAGAGCUCGUGUGCAAAGAGAGCAAGAAGAACUUCAAAGCAACCGUAGCCAUGAGUCAGGACUUCCCUCUGGGCAUCGAGUCGCUAUUAAAUGUUUUGGAGGUCAUCGCACCCUUCAAGCACUUUAAUAAACUCAGAGAAUUUGUUCAGAUGAAGCUUCCGCCUGGAUUUCCUGUCAAACUAGACAUCCCUGUUUUCCCCACCAUCACUGCCACCGUGACCUUUCAGGAGUUCCGUUACGACAUGUUCGACAACUCCAUUUUUACGAUUCCCAGCGACUACAAGGAGGAUCCCAGCCGCUUCCCAGACCUCUGAGCCGCUCCCCAUCCCGCUUCACCCCGUCUCCAUCUCCUCCCAUCUCCAGUCCAGACCAAUGCAGAUGGACACGUGUAGGAAAUACUUGACGUCAUACGAACACAAAGGGAUCGUGCUGAAGCGAGUGUGAAUCCGAAGCGGAGCGCAGCUGCACUACAUGAAGCUCCGGACUGAGCUCACGUCUCAGUGUUCGGAGCUCAGGACGGAGCGGUACGUUAGAAACACGGAGCGUCGCUUCACAUCACCUCUGUAACUGGCAGGAAAUACGGCAUUAUAAAUUAUUACACAAGCUGAGUUUUCAUAUAUAUCUUUGUACAACUGUUACAAACUUGUAUACUUCUCUUAGAGGAAACGUGUAUAUUUAGGAAAGAAGCGGAAGGCGUCUGUAUAUGAUUUGAAUUGUAUGAAACCCGUCACAGAAUACAAUGUCUAUGUCAUUUCUACAAACCUUGUGUAAAUACCACUUCCUUCUCCAGUUUGUUGGCUUGUUGCAUUAUGGGAAAUAGGCUUGUUCACUCUGCCGUUCACUUUAUGUUUGUUCGGAUCAUUUGCUUUCUCACAUCCUAGUGCAGCAAAAACGGACGGGACUUUCACUUUACUUUCACCUUGAUAGAUGGAUGUAAAUACAUUCUAAUUUAAAUAUGUUUUCAAAUGUAGUAUAAUCGACUGAUUGAUAUAUAACUGACGAGUAUGUUUAUUGAGAUAUUAGUGUAAAAUGUUUCGGAGAUGUUCGAGAUAUGGCGGCGAGAGUUUUAUGUGAGUUUGCUGUGUGCCGAGGGAAAACCAGCAGUAUCCCGUUGGACAGUUUCCUCUUUUAUGUCUCUUGUGUUUCAUUUUUCCUUCUCCAAAUGGAAACUUUCUGCGACGCUUCCAUCACCCACUACUGGUUAGUGUGGAAACUCAUGUGUUUUGCCGGUUUCCUUUUUUAUUUUUGUUUUGUUACCAGCUUCUUUUCUUCCUGUGUUUCAUGUCAUUGUUUUUAGAGUUGGUUUAUGCCUUCAGUAAUUCUUCAGAGUUUCUCCCAAAUGCAUUGAACUCUCGGAUGUACAGCAGGAGCCUUGUAUGAACCUGCUGCACUUUUACACGACAAAUUGUAAUUAAUAAAAUGUCCAUGUAUCAGUC